AUGGGUCCUGGUCAAACCAGCCCAGAUUAUGUGGUUUGUCCUAUCUGGGAUUUGGUUGGGAGAGAUGGAUUAAAUUAUCUGAGCGGGCCAGGCAGCGGUCAUGUGGACGACCACAGAACCAGCCUUUUACUGCCGUCGUGUCUGAAAACGCCGGUGGACCCGCAAACUAAAGCACCGCUCGCUGCGUACGAGCGGACGAAGCGCUUCGAGCAACGCAACGACUCACCACGACAACCGGGUAAAAAACAAACAGCUCGUCGGUGUUUAAUGUUAAACAAUUACUGCCUCUGGAUGGCAUAUGAGGAGUUUGGCUCAGAUUUUUCUGACGAGGAUUGUCUGGUUAAAGAAAGUGUGUCGAUGCAGCCGCACAGAGGAAGAGGAGAGCGCUUCGACCUGAAUGAACUCUUCUUCUCCAAUGAGGAGUACUACAGGAAGCUGGAGGAGCUGAAGAAGGCUCACCUUCGCACCAUGGCUCAACUGGACAGCAUGUACCGCCAAAAACUGCAGCUGAAGUCCACUGAGCCUGUGGGCGCAGGACACGGUUACCUGCUGGGGCCGGACUCCAGUCCACUCACUUCCUGUCAUUUGAGGAAAACGCUUUCUGCCACUGAACUGAGGAGGAGCCCAGAUUCCUCCAAUGAGGAGGAGGCUGCACCACAACGUGGAGAAAGGUCUCUUGUUCCCCCGAAGGAACACAUCAAAAACAUGUGGCAGGACUUCAGAGUGUCUCCUCCACGCCGCCGGCUUCCUUCCGCCUCUCUGCAGAGCCUGACAGACGAGAAGCGCUGCAGACCACAAGAAGGAACUCUGAAGAAGACUGAGGUCUGCAGCCAUGGAGAACCAGGUGACUGGAAGCCCAGAGUGACUGUCCCCAAACCUUUCCAGAUGAUGCUGCGAGAGGCAGAGAGACGAAAGCUCGGUGUAAAGACACGCUCUGAGAUCGAACUGGAGAACGCAGAACUUCGUCGACAGCUGGAUGAGCUGGCAGAGUGUCAGCGGGUGUUUUCGGCCACCCCGGUUCCGGCACACGUUCACCUGCCUCUUUACGAAGAGCUGCAGGAGCAGAAGGAGGAACGGAGGCGAAUCAUGCGAGAAAGAGAGGAGCAACAUCUCCACCAUCCAAAGCCGUUCAGCUUUAUUGAGCGUGAGCGGCUGAAAAAAGAAGGCGCGGCGGUUCUCCCAGCCCGAGAGCUCUGCCCCGGAGAAGCUCAGCUCUUCAAGGCCAAGCCUGUGCCCAAGGCGGUGUACACAGCAGCAUCUGGGAGCAGGUGAAGGAGUGAGCAGCUGUAUCGCUCCAUCAAGGUACAGAUGCGAGCGCAGGAGAUGCUGCACAGGGCAUCGCUGCCACCCAGCAUGCUAGCACGACAACUUGGCGAAAGGAAGAAGGCCAAAGCUGGCGGUGCUUCAGAUGAAGGCUUCUCGCACAGGCCCAAGAUAAACAAAGAGGUGCCAGACUUCAAUGCAGUCCAUCAGCGCUUUCAGAAACACCUGGAGAGCCGAAAAGGCACAAAGCCAACAACCUGCAAACCUUUUGAACUGAGGACAUAGAUCGCAUCACAUCAGGGUCGUGUCCUGGCCGAAAUUGAGAAGGAGCAGAGCAGCCCCCCGAUGGUGCGCUGGCCGUAUAUCGGCCACCCGCCAGUCAGGAUGCCCACCUCAAGCCUCUGCUCGUCCCUGGUCAGGCAGCCUGGAACUCCUGCCUGCCAAAGUGACAGAUGGCACCAAAAACGCCACGAGGCCGUGAGAAAGGUGCUCGAGCAGAGGAAGAAGGCUGAGGAGGAGGAGGAGCGGUGGAAGGAGAGCAGCAUCAGAGGGAGAAGAUGUUUACAGAGGUUGGUGUUGAAGCGAGCCCAGGCCACGACCCCCCCUCGCCUGGCACGCACACAGACCCGGCAGUCCAAGCUCGAGGAGUUCAGAAAACAGGACCUGGAGCGCAGGAAGGAGUACCAGCAGGAGAUCAAGCAGAUGCAACAGAGGGUGAAAGGGAGGCCGCUACUGCUGGAGCAGGUCGCACAGAGGAACGCCAAACAGGCGGCAGAGAAACGUUUUGCCAACACCCUGCAUGCGUGUGACCUGACUGAAGAGUUCAUCGGCAGUACAGUGGUCAAAUCAGGAUCUGCAUGCGAAGGCUCCACCAGCUCCAAGCAAAGUGACCAAGAGGAUCCAGACUUGGGAUUUCAACCUGUUCACUUCAGAAAGAUCUUCCUCGAUGAUGAUGAGAGUGAUGAGGUUCCAUCCCAGCACUGUGACGGUGACGAUGUAGACCCGCCACACGACGAGGAUCACCGUGACUCAGACGGACGUUACAACUCUUCAGACGAUUACAAUAAUUAUUCAGACGAGUGUGAGGGCAGCUCCAAACUGCAGGAAGCAGCAGAGUGAUGUCACCAAAGGAAGAAGAUUGGAAAA